AAAACUUGACCUCCCGUCAUUCAAUCUUUUCCAAACCGGAGACGAACGCUUUCUUCUAUACAAAGAAGUACUUCGGAAAGGCCUAUCGUCGAUUUAUCUUCAUAUUGAUUUCUUUAAAGUUACUUCGGUUACUUAUUUCUAUUAGUACUUUAGUAGUAACUGUUUCUAUAUUGUGGUGGACAAAGAUCAUGUUCUUGACUAUGGAAACUUGUAAUAUUCAUCUCCAUAUCACUUUCGCUCUAAAUAUGUACUUCAUCAGUUCAUUGCUAGGAUUCAAGAUACCAACACUCGCUUCAAUUCUUGAAAUUUAAAGAAGGAGAAGGUAACUCAGGAGGAUUUCCAGUUACUUCUGAUACUUUAUUUCUAUAUUGUGCAGGGACAAAGAUGGAAACUUGUAAUAUUCAUCUCCAUAUCACUUUCGCUCUAAAUAUGUACUUCAUCAGUUCAUUGCUAGGAUUCAAGAUACCAACACUCGCUUCAAUUCUUGAAAUUUAAAGAAGGAGAAGGUAACUCAGGAGGAUUUCCAGUUACUUCUGAUACUUUAUUUCUAUAUUGUGCAGGGACAAAGAUGGAAACUUGUAAUAUUCAUCUCCAUAUCACUUUCGCUCUAAAUAUGUACUUCAUCAGUUCAUUGCUAGGAUUCAAGAUACUAACACUCGCUUCAAUUCUUGAAAUUUAAAGAAGGAGAAGGUAACUCAGGAGGAUUUCCAGUUACUUCUGAUACUUUAUUUCUAUAUUGUGCAGGGACAAAGAUGGAAACUUGUAAUAUUCAUCUCCAUAUCACUUUCGCUCUAAAUAUGUACUUCAUCAGUUCAUUGCUAGGAUUCAAGAUACUAACACUCGCUUCAAUUCUUGAAAUUUAAAGAAGGAGAAGGUAACUCAGGAGGAUUUCCAGUUACUUCUGAUACUUUAUUUCUAUAUUGUGCAGGGACAAAGAUGGAAACUUGUAAUAUUCAUCUCCAUAUCACUUAAGCUCUAAAUUAUUCUCACUUCUUCCUCAUCCCAUAAAUAUGUACUGUGUCAAUUCAUUGUUAGGGUUCCACGCCAUUAUCUCAAGAGUAGCUUCAAGAUCUUUUAAGUACCAUAAUGGCAGUGACUAACGGAGUUCCAGUUGAGAACUUUUGAUGGAAUUAUUUCUACUAGUAGCUGCAUUAACUGUUUCUAAAUUAUUAUUUUGCUAGCACAAAGUAAGUCUGUUAUGCGACCUUUGUACAUCAAUAGGCUAUGGUCUUAUCUGCAUAUGGUAGUUAUGAAGCCUGGAGUAGUUCAUAAUCAGUCGACUGUUGAAAUAAAGAUGUCCAUGUGAUUUAUGAGGUAGGGGUAGAAAUACUCUCAGUUGAGGAUCUGUAUUCUAAAAAAUAAGUAUUAGUACGUUUUUAUCUUUCUAAAUUGAUCUUUCAGUUGACUUUGGAAACUUGUAAUGGCUUCAGAUAUGAUCAAGAGAAUCAGCGGACGUUGAAAUAACACUGUCAUUUGUGAUUUGUGAGGGGACAGCUUAAAUUGGACUCUUGUGUAGGGCUUUGGGCAUAUUGUACAUGGGUGCUACUAUGUAUGUGGUCACUGGUUCUCUUAGUUUGUCAAAGGGACAAAGAUCAUGGUUACAAAUACUGUCAGUUGUGCAAGGACAACUAUUUCUGUUAUGCGACUGGUUCUCCCGUAUUCUCACAUUUGUCAAAGAUCAAGCUUCCUCUUAGGUUUGCAUAUGUGCUUUAGUGGUCUUUAACUGUUCUCCUUCUGUAGCCGAACCCGUUGUCUUGGAUUUGAUCACUAGAUAUCUCAAAAGCUGCUAUCUGGCCCUUCUAAUAUUGAAGAUGUUGUUGGGAAACAUUUCUCUAUCUGGUUCUUGUUUGAUGGACCGAUGAUUAGUCCUUGGGGCUCUCUGAACCAGAUACGGAGAUGCUAUGUCUAUGCUAUACUCAGUAGCUACAAGAUUAGAGCCGGCAUUGCACCUGUGUCUGAUAACAUCUUUACAAAGUAUAGUGAUUUUACAGUCAACUGUAUGUCUAUUCAAGUGCAAAUCCACGGAGCUGAACUCCUUCCUCAGAGUCUGAUGUUCUUGAGAUAUCAAGGAAGCAUAGGAUGAUAACAACACGGUCAUUGAGUGGGCAGCCACUAAGGUGAUGAAAACAUUGUUUACAAGAAAGCCAACUUGUGUGUACUGCACAUGUUGGUGGAAUACGUUCAUAGCAGAAGCACACAGAAAGGGCAGAGAAGAAGUGAAUCUAUACAGAUUACUGUAAUCUAAGCAGGGCAUUUAUUAAUAUACCCUUUUUGGCAAAUUCUUUUAAUUGAAACUCAAUUUUAAGAGGGAAAACCUGAAAAUUCACGCAGUUUAGACAACCUCAGUCCUACUCACACACAUUGAAAUUUUUUCCUUAACAGCACAAAAGGUUGGGUUUUUGAAUAACUCGUUGACAGAUGUGCGCUGCCUGUGCUGUAGGCGCCCAUUUUUCAUACCCCUCUUUUCCUCUCUGCCUCUCUCUUACUUGUCUUUUGUAUACUAGUACUGGCGUUACUUUUGAGGCCUUUUUGCACCGCCGUUUUCCCAUUUUCUCUCUUGUAAUUUCUUUAGGGUUUUUGCAUCUUAAAACCUAGUUUCCAAAUUGCAGUUCACUUCUUGUUCUUUGUGUGCUUUGAACAAAGGAAACGGUUUCCAUGGCUUGUGCUUCUGUUUCUGAGGAGGAAUGCAUCAAAGGACUUCUUGAAGUUGGGAAUGAGCUACUUCAGCAACCCCCAUCUUCUAAAGAGGAGCUUCUGGAGAAACUUGAUAACUUGGAGCAUCUUUUGUCAAUGGUGAAGCAAGUUCCCCCUGCAUCAGUGCGAGAUGCUAUUAAGCCUGCAAUGGAAGCACUGGUUACAGAUGGAGUUCUACGGCAUCCUGACAUAGAUGUGAAGGUGUCAGUUGCAUCUUCCAUGAGUGAGAUCAUUAGAAUUACAGCUCCAGAUCAACCAUAUAAUGAUACCAGACUUGAGGACUUUUUUGAGCUUGCAGUUUUGGCAUUUGGGAAAUUAUCUUGCUUGGAGGGUCGCUGUUAUUCAAAGGCUGUCUCAAUUAUUGAAGUUCUUGCGAAGUACCAAACGUGCGUGCUGAUGUUGGAUCUCCAGUUAGAUGCAUUGAUUGUUCAGAUGUUUCAACAUUUUUUAAAUAGUAUAAGGCCGGACCACCCUGAUGAAGUAUUCAUGAACAUGAAAGAAAUAAUGACCAUGAUAAUAAAAGAGAGUGAUGAUAUUCCAAUGCAGCUUCUGAACAUCCUUGUGAGCAUCCUCAUAAGUAGUGUAAAGAAGGAAAAUCAGAAUGUUUCACCUCGUUCCUAUGUGCUGGGAGAGAAAGUUCUUCAAGAAAGUGCUGUCAAACUUUAUCCAUAUCUUCAAAAAGCAGUGACGGACCUUGGCAUUUCCUUUAACAACUAUUCAGAAGUUGUUGAAUUAAUGUGGAGGGAGGCGAUUAAAACUAAAGCUAUGGUGGAAAGUGCUCCGGAAGAGCUUGCACCACAUGCUGCGCAUAAGAACGAUGAUGUUGUUCUAGAGACAGUUUCAUCGUUAAAGGAAUCAGAAGCAACCAAAGAAGCAGUAGAUCCAGAAGCUACUCAAACUUCAAAGAAAAGAGGUUGGAAACCUACUUUUUUGAAUAAAGCAGAGGAAGGAUAUGAUGAUGCUUGGAUAAGUGGAGAAAGGAGAUCAAAUAUAAGACGGCGGUCAUCAGUUGGUGAAUCAAGAGCUGAGGUACUGGGUUCUGUCUCAAACACCAAAGAAAUCAAUUUCCCCAAAGCCUGUAAAAAACAACGUAAACAACGUAAAAGGAGGAGGAAGUACUUGCCAUCACAUGAAGAGGGGAAAGCAUCUGAUGAUCUGGCUCCUCCAACAACGACCAAGCAGCAUAAUUUAACUCCAAAACGAGUGCGCCAAAAUAAUGAGGUCAAGGUGGAUGUGCAUGGCUAUAAAGUAAAAGUUAGCAGUGCUCCCAUAUUGACUGCCAUUUUUGCCAAGUAUGGUGACAUUGCAGUCAAUUGUCACUACAAAUCAUUGGCUUCCAGAACUUCCCUUCUUGAUCUAGUUUGUGAUGUUGUAAAGAGGCUGAAAGCUGGUGAUGUUGUUUCUUCAUCAAUCAAACAGAUGAAAUCUUUUGUCUCUACUGCCGUGGAAGUCGAGCUUGAUGUAGCUUGGCUGCAGCAGUAUCUGGAUGAGAUUUCAAAAGAGGAGGAUAUGGAGAAAAGGUUACAUAUGAAUAUCGAUAUCCUUCUUCAUUGAAUUGUGGAGCAAGACAUCAAUUUCUCUGUGAAAUGAGUUUAUUAACAUUCUUUUUAUCAACACAUAAUGUUUUUGUUGACGAUCCUUUGCUCCAACAAUAUUAAUUAGGAUUCCUCAAACAAUCUGAUUGAUAUGUUUUGUGUCGGUGUGAAUUAGCAUACAUGUAAAUUGCAUUGCGACACACUUAAAAUCGUUUGCACUCAUUCAUCACUUGAAAAUUUUCCUACA